AUGCCUUUCGGCUGGGGCGACGCUGAGAACGCUCACCAACAGGUGCAGGAGGGGCAGCACGAGGGUCACCUCUCUCACGAUCUCAUUGCCGGUGCCGCUGCUUUCACCGGUAUGAAGGCUUGGGAAGACCACCAGCGCAAGGAAGGCAAAGAAGUCUCUCACAGCACUGCCAAGCAGGUAAUUGCUGGAUUGGCCGCUGCUGGUGUCACGAGAUUGGUUGAGACCAAGGGCUUGAAUGCGAUCGACGAGCAUAAAGCUAAGAAGCAGGCCGAGGAGAACGCCCAGCGCUUGUACGAAGAGCACUACGAGCGCGGACAAAAUGCUCCUCACUUUAACCCUAAUGAGCACAAACCUCACCCGUCUUUCGAGCGCAAUCGCUUUGACGAGCACCCACACCACGAGGGCCGCCCCCAGGGAGGCCAAGUUGACCGGUGGUAA